CUUGAACAAGAUUUGUGCUCGUGGGAAAUAUUAUUCUGUUUUGUGUUUGUGGCAGAAGUUUAGAAAAGUCUCUCAUUAAAAUAAAUUACAGUGUAAUCAUUUUGAUUGAUUUACAGAUGCUGGUGACAUAGAUAGUUCUCCUGAAUGUAAAAAAAAAUGAAGUUUACAGCCAUUCUGUGUGUUACUAUAUGUAUAUUUGGAGUGAUAUGUGCUUUGGAAAGAAACGAAACAAAUAGUGAAUAUAAUAAUGAUUUCGACGAUAAGAACAUUUCAGCAAGUAAUAUUGAGGCGCUAAAGGAUCUUUUAAUGAAAGAUAUAGAAGAAGAAUUCAAAAACGAUUUCUUGAUUCAAACAAAUACAAACAUCAGUGACAUGAUUGACGAAGAUGACUGGGAUAUGGAAACAGGGGAAACAACUGUAAACGCUACAGUUUUAAUGCAGAAUGAAAGUAUUAGCAAUUCAAGCAUAGAACUAGGAAACCAACACCUACUCUAUGGGAACCUGUCCGUCCUUUUAGAAGAGGCAGCGAGCACCACAGAAGAGAAAACAGUUAUAAACGCGAAUGAAAGUAAGAGCAAAGAAAUUACAGGUAUUGGAAACCAGCAACUGCAUGAGGAUUUUACAGAAACGAUGAACACCACUUUAAACAAUACAGGAGUCAGACGGAAUACUUCCAACACACCAAGUGAGGAGAAACUAGAUGUAACAACUAGGAAGCCAUUAUGGUCAGAGUUGUUAGAUGACGUUACUGUCGAGGAAAUAUUUAUAGAAAUUACAGCUAAACCAAAACGUUCGAGUAAAACAUCCACCACUACAGAAACAACAAACCAAAGAGUCACAGAAAUGGAUGAAGACUUAAGCCAUUACAUCAAAGACAACUUACAACAUGGAAAUCUUGUUCCUCACACAACAAUGAAACCAAGCAACGACCAAAGCUAUAUUACAGAGUAUUUUAAAGGCGGGCUCCAAUCAACCACUGCAUACCCUAGACCAAGCAAUCCUUGGGAAGAUAAAUUACAAUUUGUUCCUGUAGCUAAAGAGUUAACAACACAGAUUCCAAAAGCACGUACCAAAUCCGAUAAACAUCAAAAUAUCAAGGGAGGUAAAGCAAGAUCAAGAAAAGUUUAUGUCUACGAGACAGACAAAGACGAUGAUUUGAUGGUGGCUAACAAGGAAGAAGAUGAAUAUAUUCUUGUGAAGUAUAACAGUGGGACCGUACGGGUUAAACGUUCAUUUGAAGACUACAGUGGUUCAGGAUCAGGAUCGGGAGCAUUAGCAGUGCGCGGUGAACUAUGGAUUUCUCCUAUUGUUAGAGGAAAUGAGUCGAUAAACGGAACGUCCGAGAACAAUAAACUCAAGCAACUAUUGGCUUUAUCGCUUAAGACAUACCUGGACCCAUACAUUAAAAGAAUGGCGUAUACACAUUUGACCUAUACGUAUUUUGGAGUUGAUAUGCUAAGAUCAAGUACAAACUUCACCAUCGUAGAGUUUGAAAUAUACCUUUUUGAUUCUGUACACGAAUACGACAAUGUGUUUGAUGCUGAAAUCCGGUUGGUAAUAGCCAAGGCCUUGAUCAACAUGAGAGUAAUAGAUUCAAAUUACAAUGUCGUAUUAUCCCAGUUAGAAAAUGUAACGAAUAAUAUGCAAGCAGUUAACUGCAUAACAUGUGAGACGUACGAAAUAUGUGAGCCAGUAAACGGCAACAUGAUUGUAUGGCACUGCAAGCCAUCUGAGCCACGAGCGUAUCCAUACGGAGUUCUGUCAAUGGAUGAAACAUUACCUAGAAACAGAGAAUUCGCCUCAGCAAAAAUUAACAUAGAAGAUUUUAUACCUUAUGAAAACACAUUAUUUCAACACAUAUGGAUUUCUGUGAAUGGAUUGAUAAGUUUUGGAGAUGAGUACUCCAGUUUCACGCCUCAACGACUGCCAGUGUUAGAUAAAAAAGGAAAUCCUCGACCUCUGUUAGCUCCGUACUGGACAGACCUUGAGCUCACAGAUGGUGAUGAGGGACAGGUUUAUUAUCAUGUUUACAAGUGCUGGCUAGAAACAUCCUCUAAAGCAUGUGAAAGGGCCAAGAUCGACAUUGUUAGAUAUGCUAACAUUUCAACCUACACUGCGACCAUUGUUAUUGUAGUCACAUGGGUUAAAGUGCCCGUCACAGGAAAUACGAGAAACGAGCGUGUGUCAUUCCAGUGCGUUAUUGCAACCGAUGGCUACACAACCUAUGCUAUUUAUCUAUAUAUGCAAGGAGCUAUGCAAUUCAAGCCAUUGUCUGCAAGGAAUGUUGAGGUUGGGUGGGGAAAACAAAACUUCGAUACAUCCAGAUUGUCGUAUUAUAUGUUUGACAGAGUUCUGGGAAAUACAGGAGCACCUGGCCAAUGGUUUAUCAAAGUUGGAGAAAAAGACAACUAUAAAAUGUUGUGUAGAUCAUGGUAUCGAUCAGCCUCUGUUGCUGAAUUGAUUGCUAUCAAUAAUAAGAAUAUAGAAAUGCCAGCAUGUCCAUGUAAUGAAUUGGUGGCCUACAAUAGUCCACUUUGGGUGCAAACCACACAUGUCCAGAAUCAAAGUCACUGUUUUGAUUUACUGCCAUAUUAUGGUGAAUUUGGAAGGCGAUGCUGCUAUCGUAUGGAUGGGAGUUUCAGUCUUGAAACCAGAAAGCCACAAGCAGGCAGCCUUCAACGCAACAAUGCUUUCAAUUCUUUAAUACACAAUUCUAGAGAUCACCAACUGAAUGAUAUUGAACCAAAAAAUUGGUGCUGCUAUCAAUCUGAUUUAUGUGAACAAUACUAUGAAUUAAGACCAACUGUACAAUGUAUUGCAAGUAGUUGGGUGAGGGGAUUUUUGUUUGGUGACCCUCAUAUUUUUACUUUCGAUGAGCGAUUUUAUAUUUUUAAUGGCCUUGGAGAAUAUAAAAUAUUGGAGAUAGAGGGCAUUGCAAAGGACAGAACUGACAUCAAUUUUAUGAUGCAGGGUCGGACUUGCAGUGCAUUAAGCAAAAAUGGAACAAAAGCAAGAGCUGCAGUUUGGUGUGCUUUUGCUUUUAAAAAUGGAGAUGAUAUGAUAUUAACAGUACAAAUAAGUCCUGGGGAUAGAAUGAUGGUUAUUUAUGCAAAUAAUAGAGAUUACUCUGCACCAUUUAAAAAUGAGCCAGAAUUCUUUGCUGUUGAAAAUGGAAUGGUCAUCAGACAACAAAAUGGAUCCUUGAAAGUUUCAUUUUCUGAAAGUGUUGGAGUCACAAUUACCCUAUCAUAUGGUUUUCUUGAAGCUUAUGUAAGCUUAGAUAAGAAAUAUCAGAAUAUGACACGAGGGCUCUUAGGCAAUUUCAAUUAUAUCAAGACAGAUGAUUUUAUAUUUCCUAAUGGGACUACACUCACAGAUAAAUCGUCUGAAAGACAACUUCUUCAUUUUGUACAGAGCUGGGCAGUAACUCAGUCUGAAAGCUUAUUUCCAUAUGCUUAUGGGCAAAGCACAUCAACAUUUUCCUUUACAAAUUUCACCCCUUUAUUUUAUGAUGAGCUUAGUUAUGCAAUAACCAAUUCUUCCAGUACAUUUUGUAAUGGAAUGUUUCAAAUACCUUGUAUUUAUGAUUACAUUGCUACUCAAAAUGAAAGUUUAGCAAAACAUUCACUAGAAGUAGCAGAUCAGUUCAUAAUGGAGAAUACCAAUAUGGCAAAUCAAGCACCAUUUAUUAAGCUAAAUCAAACAAACUUUGAAAUAUAUAUUAAUACUCCUUUUUUCAUCAAUGUUAGUGGCUAUGAUAUUGAUGGGAAUGUUACACACUUCAUAGUAUUAACCAAUGUAAAUUACAUUGAAAAGCCAAAAAAUCAAGUUACUUCAACACAUAAUACAACAACCGAAUUUAUGUUUAUAGUUACAAAGUUAACUGUAGUAACAAUUGGAAUAACAGCUGUUGAUGAUAAAAACAUGCAGUCAGAAGUUAUCCCAUUGUCUCUUACUCUCUGUACUGGUUGCAGUAAUCAGGGAUCAUGUAACUUUUCUGUUACCAGACCUACCACAUCUCCUUAUUUUACCUAUGCAAUCUGCAACUGUAACUCUAGAUAUAGAGGAGUUGAUUGUGAAGAAAUUAUUGAUGGCUGUGCUGAUAAGCCCUGCCCAUUAGGCUGUACAAAUCUUUCAAACAAUAUAAAUCAGGCUACUGGAGUAUUUUAUAACUGUGAAAAUUGCCCUGUUGGUAAUCUUAGCAUUACUAAAACCAAGUGUGAAGACUUUGAUGAAUGUCAAACUUCACCAUGUGAUUCUCAUGCUGACUGUGAAAAUACUUAUGGAAGCUUUUUGUGUCACUGUCAGAGUGGUUACCAAACUGUAAACAACAGUUGUGUGGACAUAGAUGAGUGUGCUGAUAAACUAGAUAACUGUGCUCAGUUAUGUACCAACACUCUAGGAAGUUUUAAUUGUUCCUGUUAUCCUGGUUUUAAUAGCUCCAAAAAUGCAUGUAUUAAAACAGAAACAGGUAUAAAUCAGUGUAAAUCAGUAAACGCAACAUGCAAUUAUGACUGCAACAAUGACACUCAAGGCUGUUUUUGUAAACAUGGAUUUAUUCUGAAAGAAAAUGGCAUUGAUUGUAUAGAUGUUGAUGAAUGUAAGAAAAACAUUUGCUCACAAAACUGCAGUAAUAGUGAAGGGAGCUUUACUUGUAGCUGUAACGCUGGUUACAAGAUGAACAGCGAACAUGCUCACGAGUGUGAUUCAUGUCGUGAUAAUAUGUAUGGGUUAAACUGUGCCGCACAAUGUGAAUGUAAGGGCCAUGCUCUACGAUGUGACAGUAUCAAGGGCUGUAUCUGCCAAGACAAUUGGAAGGGAACGAACUGUGACAUUGAUGUUGAUGAGUGUGUAGAAACUCCAAACAUUUGUCCACCAUAUCAUUACUGUAAAAAUACUAAGGGAUCCUACACAUGUGACUGUCCUACAGGAUUUGAAGAUAUCAAUGGGACUUGCAUCAACAUCGAUGAAUGCAACAAUAUUCUGCUAAAUAAUUGCUCCCAAAACUGCAUUGAUGCACCAGGCUCUUUCAUUUGUGAAUGCUUUAGUGGUUUUACAAAACUUUCUAAUGGGACUUGCUUAGAUAUAGAUGAAUGUCAUAAUGGCCAAUCUGGCUGUGAGCAGAUCUGUUUGAAUGUUCCAGGGAGUAGCUACUGUGGUUGUUAUCCUGGUUAUAGAUUAAAGGAUGACAGAAAGACAUGUGAAAAAGAUGCUGUGGAUCCUUGCGUCAAUUUUUACCUUAACUGCAGCCAAGGCUGUACAGAUGUAAAUGGAACACCUCAAUGUUUCUGUCAUACUGGCUUCACUCUUAGCACUAAUAACUUUGAUUGCAUUGAUGUAAAUGAAUGCAAAUCAGAAAAUAACAAGUGUGAUGGAAACUGUGUUAAUACUAUGGGCUCCUACAACUGCUCAUGCCCUGUAGGCUAUAAACUGCAAAAUGAUAAAUUAAGCUGUCGAGCAUGUGAUGCUUAUCAUUGGGGAGAUAACUGUGCAACUACAUGUAACUGCAGCAUACAAGGCAUGUCAAGUUGUGAUGCUGAAAUUGGAUGUCAGUGUAAAACAGGCUGGGCUGGGACAUGGUGUGAGAUUGAUCAAGAUGAAUGUUCUAGUGAAAUUUCUCCUUGUCUGCCAUUGUCUUCAUGUAUUAACACACCUGGAUCAUUUGAAUGUCGGUGUAAAGAAGGAUACAUUGACUUAACUAACCAUACAUGCACCGAAUGUUAUUAUGGAACUAAUGGAUAUAGUUGUACGCAAAAUUGCUCAUGUAAUAUAACAAAAAGUAUUUGCUUUCCUGAGAAUGGAACAUGUGAGUGUCUAAAGGGAUGGAAGGACACAGGCUGUAAUGCUGAUAUAAAUGAAUGUAACUACCAAAUCAAUCUAUGUCAGAACAAUUCAAACUGUGUUAACACAUUAGGAUCAUAUAGAUGUGUCUGUGAUAAAGGCUUCUUUAAAUCAAACCAUGGUUGCACUCCUUGUAGUAAAAUGAAAUUUGGUCAAGACUGCAGUGAAAAGUGUAAUUGUGUUCAGCUUCACACUGAGAAAUGCAAUAAUAUCAAUGGAUCUUGUACAUGUAAGCCAGGCUGGACUGGAGUUCAUUGUGAGAAAGAUAUUGAUGAAUGUUCAAACACUAGCUACUGCCCAGAUGAACAUGACCAUUGUUUUAAUAUAAAUGGAUCGGCCGAAUGUAGAUGUGAUGAAGGAUAUGGAAAAUCAAUUGGCCCAUUUUGUGAAGAUAUAGAUGAGUGCCUUGAUCCAUCUUACCAGUGUGACUUGAAGACUACGACAUGUAACAAUGCAGAAGGAUCAUAUGAAUGUAUUUGUAAACCUGGACAUUUAACAAAAACAAAUGACAAAUUUGCUUGUAUAGUGAACUAUGUUUCAUUCCCAUUGACUGUUCAACUUCAGUACCCCAAAGAGAACAUAAACCCGUUCUUGUUUAUUUCAACUACGAGAGAAUCAAGAGAAUUAUCAAGUAAAAUUGCAGAUAGUUUAACUAAAUUUGGAAAAGAAAAACUUGGUCAAGCUAUUUUGCCUUUCAUUAUAAAUAAACUUGUAAAUGGAUCCGUUAUUGCCUAUACAGAACUACAGGUUGAUCAAUUGUAUAGUAACAGUGACUCAGACCCUGCUUCAACAUUUGCUUAUGAACUAAACAAAGCAGGAAAUUUGACUAUUGGUUCUGAAGUAAUUGAAGUACUGGAUGUUUCUGUGUGUAACACUUCAUUGAAAAAGCUACCAAGUUCAUGUGAAGUGUACUCUGUCUUGAAGAACUGUUCAUCUAAUCCAUCAUACAAAGAGAACACAGUACCAUCGUGUAAAAUCAUAGAUGCAGAAAACAAUACUGCAUUAACAAUUGGACUGUCUGUUGGACUUAGCCUGUUGGUCAUCAUCACAAUAGCUAUUGUGGUGCUUGUUAUCUUGCGCUAUAGAAAGAGAAGACAAAAACAUGAUCAAGAGGAAUAUAUUGAAAUUAAUCCACCACUACUAUCCCCAUUACCACAUGAAACUGUGUACAAAACAACUGAGGAGAAACAUGCUUACAAUACACUUGAUAUGAAAGAUACAGAUCCUGUUGUACAUUAUCAAAUGAUACCAACCACAUCAGAGGAACAAGGAGCUGAUUUACCUGACCAAAACACUGAUAUGAAUACAUAUUAUGAAAUAGUGAAAGAUGCAGACAAUAAGACAGCCACAUUUAGAGAAAUGGCUACUAAUUCAAACAAUGAAAUUACUCCAAACAUUCCA